AUGGCAGAAGAAAAUGUCCAGACCGACCACAACGUCGAGUACCAUUUAGUUACUAUGUUCGAAAAGCUGGAAUCUUUGAGACACGAAAGCGUCAAGAUUAUGGAAAAUGCGAAGAUGCCGAUGCAAGUGGAAAUUCGUACUUUGGAGUUCUGGAGGUCCGUGAUAUCUGAGUGCUUGGCCUCUUUUAUUUAUGUUUUUGUGGUCUGUGGAGCUGCUGCAGGUGCUGGGGUGGGUACUCCUGUUCCGAUCUCUUCGGUGGUUCUUGCUACUGCUCUUGCGUCCGGUUUUGCCAUGACUUCCUUGACCCAGUGCUUUGGACAUAUUUCUGGGGCACACAUUAAUCCUUCUGUUUCUUUGGCGAUGGGUGUGAUCAAAAGGAUUUCCGUUCUAAGGACCAUUUUAUUCAUCUUCGCUCAGUGUGGGGGUGGAAUAGCUGGUGCAGCAUUUUUAUACGGGGUAACAAUUCCUGGAUAUCAAGGGAACCUCUCUGCUGUUAUAGAACACUCCGCCGAUAUCGCCCCCUGGAAAAGAUUCGGCAUCGAAUUCAUUCUAACUUUCAUCGUGGUAUUCGCAUACUUCAUUUCCAUGGAUACAUAUAGAAAAUGGACAGGGACUUCAUCUCUAACAGUCGGAUCAACGUAUUCAGCUUGUUCAUUUGCUUCGAUGCCAUAUUUGAAUCCUGCAAGAUCUCUAGGACCAUCCUUUGUUCUGAACAAAUGGGACAAUCACUGGGUGUACUGGUUAGGUCCUUUAUGCGGCGGUAUAGCGUCGGGUCUUAUAUACGAAUACAUUUUCAAUCCUAAACGGCAAAAGAAAGUGAAAGAAUCCCAUGAUGAAGAAUCGUCAAGCAUCCAGUCAGACGAUAUGGACACGUAUGAUGAUCUGGAAAAACCCGUCCCUCCUAAGUUCCACGGAUCGACUUACAACAACUAUAGAUCCUCAGUAGGUGGAGGAGCUUCUAACUAUUGCGGCAGCUUGUAUUCCGCUCCAGCAGCGAAGCUAGAGCGUGGCGAAUCAUUGUACGGAGGAACGAAAUCCUUGUACUGCAAUUCACCACCUCUAACGAGAGCAAACCUCAACCGAUCUCAAUCCGUCUAUGCGAAGUCGAACACCGGUAUCAACAAGGAUCUGAUACCGAAACCAGGACCACUUGUACCCACGCAGUCCAUGUACCCUCUCAGAAUGAACCAACACAGCCAUGUUACCAACCAGAAUGUUCAAAACCAGCUCCAGCAAAGAUCGGAGGGCAUAUACGGAGCCAGAGGAGUUACCCCUGGAACAGCCAGUAGGCCAGAAACCCACGGGGCAACAGAACGCCAAAGGGACAACUAUGCGACCACAGAGCGGCAAAGAUGCGAUAACUUUUCCACCACCGAGAGGCAGAGGAGAGAAGCGCAUGGUACGGAAAAUCCGUAUGGUACUAGGACGAAUCCCCCGAAUGCAGAAACUGCUAAUGAAAAUUCGAAAAAUCGUGGGAACAGACCAGAAUCGAUGUACGGCAUGUUAGGGUCUCAGGCCCGUCGCGUCCAAAACUCUGUACCAUCCGACGAGUCGAAUUACAGUUCUUAUACGGCAACGAGCAGUACAAGAACUGCGUUCAAUCCGCCUGUGGCUGGACCAUACAUCAAUCCCCAGAAAAAUAAUGCAGUGGGAUAUCCUGGAAGGAACUGUGCUACUUCGGAAAAUAGACCCAGCCAGAAUUCUCAGCUGCUCCCAGCAGGCUCGACCUCUAGUGGUAACUAUCAUCAUCAACAUUCGCCGAAUCCGCAGUAUUAG